UUCUCCAGCCUCACUCGCCUUGCAGGCGGGAGAACGCUCGAAGAGGCUCGGCCGCGGGCAUCGGGCUCGCGGCACGGAUCGGGGAGCAGAGAGCGGCCACCUUCGGGUCGGGUCGCCGUCAUGGCCGAGUAGGCUGCGCGCGGGAGCGGCCUCCCCUGAGUCCGGCUGGGGUAGGUAGGUUGUUCCUGCCUGAUUCGUACGUACACAGUGUCAUUGGCUUUUUUUUUUCUUCUUACAGGUUCGAGUCUUCAGACAGACUUCUAGAGGACUCCACAUCUGCCCAACAGCUGACAUUCCUGGUCACACAGAAGACGGCCAUUCAGGACGCCGAGCUAUUGUGAUGAAAAUCUCCUUCCUGCCCUGGAUCUCUCCCGUGCCCCUCGUCUCUUCUGGAGUCCAGCUGUAGGAUUCCCUAUCCCCCUCUCUGUCUGUGCUUAAAUGGCACAGCAUUUGGUCAGCACAUCUAAAAAAGAAGGUGUGCAAAACCAAGGUCAUGGCUCCAUUUCGCUGUCAAUCAUGUGGCAAGUCAUUCCUCACCCUGGAGAAGUUCACCAUCCAUAAUUAUUCUCACUCCAGGGAGCGCCCAUUCAAGUGCUCACAGGCGGAGUGUGGCAAAGCCUUCGUCUCUAAAUACAAAUUGAUGAGGCACAUGGCCACACACUCACCGCAGAAGGCUCAUCAGUGUGCUCACUGCGAGAAGACCUUCAACCGGAAGGAUCACCUGAAGAAUCAUCUGCUGACCCACGACCCCAACAAGAUCGCCUACGUCUGCGAGGAGUGUGGCAAGAAGUACCACACCAUGCUGGGCUACAAGAGGCACCUGGCCCUGCAUUCGGCCAGCAGCGGGGAUCUCACCUGCGGCGUCUGCGCUCUGGAGCUGGGGAGCACCGAGGUCCUGCUGGUCCACCUCAAGUCUCACGCGGAAGAAAAGUCCCACCAUGCGACCAGGGAGAAGAAGCAUCAGUGCGACCAUUGCGAGAGAUGCUUCUACACCCGGAAGGAUGUGCGUCGCCACCUGGUGGUCCACACAGGAUGCAAGGACUUCCUGUGUCAGUUCUGUGCCCAGCGAUUUGGGCGCAAAGACCACCUCACCCGUCACACCAAGAAGACCCACUCACAGGAGCUGAUGCAAGAGAGUGUGCAGGCAGGGGAGUAUCUGAGCACCUUUCAUACCAUUGCGCCACCUCCAUUCCAGCUGAAGGCUGCUGCCAUGCCUCCUUUCCAGUUAGGGGUGCCCGCCCAGAAUGGGCUUGCAGGUGGCUUGCCACCCGAGGUUCAUGGUCUAGUGCUUGCUCCCCCAGAACAGGUCACUCAGCCUAUGCCACCAAUGCCAGAGCAGCUUAUUACUCUGCACCCUGGGGUAGUCCCCUCCUCUCCUCCCCAAACCCUUCAGGAACACAAGUUCAGUCCUGGGUCUACCUCAUUUGCUCCACUUGCAGGCCUGCCAAUUAAGGCAGAUACCAAAAGCUUUUGCAACAUGAGUUUCUUUGAGGAAUUGCCUCUGCAAGAGCCUCAGUCGCCUCUCAAACUCAAUCCGUGUUUUGAGAUGGCUAAGGAGAGUAUUGGGAAAGUCACUCUUCCCAAAGAGCUGGUGGUAGAUGCUGUGAACAUAGCGAUUCCUGCCUCUCUGGAGAUUUCUUCUGUGUUGGGGUUUUGGCAGAUCCCCCCUCCUCCCCCCCAGAAUGGUUUUGUGAGUAACACCAUCCCUAUGGGGCCUGGGGAGCCACUAACCCCUAGGAUUACUUGUCUGGCGCAGCAGCAGGUACCACUGCUGCCGCCUCCACCACCACCGCUGCCACUGCAGCCUCAGCAGCAGCCACAGCUGCAGCCUCAGCAGCACCCACAAAUGCAGCCUCAGCAGCACCCACAAAUGCAGCCUCAGCAGCAGCCACAGAUGCAGCCUCAGCAGCAGCCACAGAUGCAGCCUCAGAUGCAGCCGCAGCCACAGCUGCAGCCGCAGGCACAGCCGCCACAGCUGCAGCCAAUGCUGCAGCCAAUGGCACAGCCAAUGCAGCUGCAGCCAAUGCAGCUGCAGCCAAUGCCACAGCCAAUGCCACAGCCAAUACCACAACCACCACCAAUGCUGCCGCCACCACAGCUGCAGCCAAUCCCGCAGCCACCACAGCUGCAGCCAAUGCCACUGCCGCAGCCAAUGCCACAGCCGCUGCCGCAGCCAAUGCCACAGCCGCUGCCUCAGCCGCAGCCACAAGAAGCCCAAAUAGCAGUGGGUGCUGUGAAUCUGGGCCAGCUCCCUUUACCCCCUAUCCCUCACGUUUUCACAACUGGCACCAACACUGCUAUACUGCCCCAUUUCCAUCACGCUUUCAGAUAAAUUGAUUUUUAGGAGGUGUUUUCCUUGUGGAAGAUGUUGUAAGCAUCAGUUACAGUUCGAAACAUCCAUUACAGUUUGAGGGAAGCGUUGGAAAACAGGAUUGGGGCUUUAGCUUACUCGCAAUUACUAGCUUGAGAAAAAGAAUACUCUUAACUGCAUGCAUUGUGCCAAUAUAUAUCCUUAGUAUUCAUGCUUUGUACCAAACUUAGUGAGUGCGUGUGUACUCUGUAGUUGAACUGCAAAUAUUAUCAUAUUAUUAUCCUCAUAUUAUAUCCUCAUAUUAUUAUCAUGUAAUCACAACCAAGAUCCAAAACGACAGCUGCUAUUUUGUAAAUGUUUUAUCGUGUUGAAUUUAAUUGUAAUGAUGUUAACUAAGUAACUUUGUGUGUAGCACUGCCUAGGAAGGACAUGUUGGAAAGGCUUGGGUUUCUCCACCUUGGAAGAUGUUUUUAAGAGAAGGGGGUAAAUCUUGGUAUGGCAUUUACAACUAGGCUGUGUGUGUGUGCGUGCGUGUGUGUGUGUGUGUGUGUGUGUGUGUGUGUGUGUGUGUGUUUUCAGAGACUCGUCUACCUUUAGGGUUGGAUGUAGUUUACUCUUCUCGUAGCCUACUUUGUAGUUUGUAGAAGAAGUUCUUUGUGAAGCUAUCGAUUUCUUCAAUUUUAAAGUGAAUUUGUAGUGUAGUUUCAAUAUUUUUCAUGUGAUGUUGUUGAAAUGUGAGUUAUGACUUCAUUUAUCUUAAAGACAAAACUGGUUGUCAGUUAUAUCUGACAGGAAAAAAAUAAAAAAAAAAUCACCGUGUAGCCAAGUGGUGAAAUAAUCGAGGUAUCCAUCAAAAGUGUUUCCCUGACUCUAAUGCUCAUUGUGCUUUUAUCAGGAAUUUAAGAAAAUAUACUGGAAUUAAAAAAAUAAGUGUAUUAGAUAAGAAUCUUCUUUGCCUAGCUUAAAGUACUACUUGAGCUGCUGAAGUUGUUUGUAGUCACCAAUAGAAAAAUGUAUCUGUAAGUUGACUAGUUUAAGCCGUUAGUUUGUAUCCCAAGAGGAUUGCGUUUUGCAAUGUAACUGUACUUGUAAUCUCCCUUGUGAUAUCUUGUUAAUCGAUUUUGAAAGUGUAAAACCUGUUUUGCAAUGUAACUGUACUUGUAAUCUCCCUUGUGAUAUCUUGUUAAUCGAUUUUGAAAGUGUAAAACCUAACCUUGGAAGACUCUGUACUUCGUCUUGAGACAAGUCUUUCCCAACGUAUGUGUAUCCUAAAUAUAAUAAACGUUAAGCAUCUAGCA